GCAGCGGCGAUCGCUUCUUCGCUCGCGCGGUUUAUAGUUGCGCACCGGUCGAACAAGUUUCCAGUCCCCCAGAAACCAGAUCUCGGAAAGGUUGUUGGCUGGGGCCGUUGGGAACGAACAUUGCUGAUGAUCGCGGGUGUUUCAGUGUCUGAGUGAUCGGUGCGAAUUGACCAAACUGGAACCUCUACUGGCUGGCUGGAGUGUGCAUUUUUAUUGACGGGUUUUCGGUGACAACGAGCGGUGCACGAUUCUCGGACCCCACCCAGUCUAAUCCGCCAGCCAAAGCGUCGCGUCAAUUAGUUGGGGGUAUCUCCAUCUUCAGGAUCCGCAGUGCACGAUCGUUCUAAGCGUAAAGCAUUGUGUAACCGUGUGUGCGUGCGUGUGCGUGUGUUUGCGCUUUGUGCUCCGUAGAGAUGGUGUGUAGUAGUGCCGCCUAGUGUAACAUCGGACACGUAAAGGAAAUCCCAGCAAAAGUCACAAGUUGAAGCUGUACCCCUGUACCUAUACGGCCGGCAAACGUUAACCAAACUUGCUACCUGCUCUUCAAGAUGUGCACAAUUCGCUCAGCAGGAGCAGGAGCAGCAGGAGUGCUGCUGCUGGUGGCGGUAUCACUAGUGCUGAGCGCCACUCCGACGGCUGGUCAGCUGAAACAAAACCAUGGCUUUAACCAGCAGCAGCAGAGUCCAGCCGAACCCGCGCCGCAACGAUACUCCGAAAAGGUGCUGCUAGUCUCGGAUAGUGUCACCAACCUGGCGCAACGAAUCGCCCGAGCCAUCUCGAGCCAGAAGAGCAAGACGGAGAUCUUCUCGCCGGUGAGCAUUGCCGGUGCGAUGUCCCUACUGCUGCUCGGUUCCGCCGGCCAGACGCAGAAGGAGCUGCUAAGGGUGAUGGGCCUCGAGCAGACCGGAAUAUCGUUCAAGGACAUCCACAUGGGAUUCGGGAGGCUGUUCGAAGAUUUGGUGUCGAACGAGGCGAGCCUUGAACCGCUCGUCCACUGGCGCCGGAACGAUAAGUGUAACCGCGUUGAUGAGGAGGAGGACGAAGACGACGAUUAUCCGCCGCCACCGGGCUCCAGUGCAAACGAAUCGCCAGCACAUCGAAUUUCGGUGGCAAACGGAUUGUUUCUUCAGAGUGGCCUGACGCCGGCGUACGCUUUCCUCAACCUUACGAGCCACUUCUACAAGGGUGACGUCACCAAUCUUGACUUUGCGUCCGAUUCCACCGGAUCGGCCGCAUAUAUGAACGACUGGUGCGCACGAGCGACCAACGGCAAGAUCCGGAAUAUUGUCCAACCAAUUCAGUUGCGCGGUGCCCAGCUGAUCGUGGCCAGUGCCCUCUACUUCAAGGCAAAGUGGGAAACGCAGUUCUGGACAGGCGAAACUCGGCCCCGUCCCUUCUAUCCCAACGGUGAGCUCGAGCCACCGUUCGAUGUUGACACCAUGACCACGAUUAGUUGCUUCCCGUACUUCAAUGGACACCAGACGGAUUACGGUGUUGAGAUACUGGGAUUGCCGUACGAAACGGGCAAGUCGACGAUGUACAUCAUUUACCCGAAAGACUCGAACCGGGCCAAGGUACAGCAGGCAAUAGCUACCCUUGGCGCACCACAGCUCAAUUGGUUGAUCGAUCGAAUGACGUCGAAGAAGGGCAGAGUGAGGAUACCAAAGAUGUCCAUCGCGAAUCGUCUUUCGUUGCGAGGUGUACUGCAGCAGCUCGGUGUUAGCGAUCUGUUCGAUCCAGCGCGAAGCAAUCUGUCCAAUAUACUACAAGAUUCGGCCGUUACUGACAACCUGGACCAAUUUAACGAAUACUUCCAACCAACGGGGGUGAAAGCGCCCGCCACAAGACCGAUCGCAGUUCCGACCACCACGGUGCGACCCUUGGUUCCACAACAACCGAAUCGACCCCAACCUCAGCGACCGAUCCAGCAACCGCAGCCGCAGGUACUACAGCAACCUCAGCGACCACAGGCAGCACCUUCGGCACCUUCAGUACAGCCCAUUGCACCUACCGUCGGUAUAGUGACGACACAAUGGAACGAACAGGAGUGCGCACUGGUAGAAAACUGCAUCUUUACGCCGGCCAAAGGUUGCUCCUGCACACAUCAGCCCGUGCAGCGCGAUGAACCGAUCACGGAAUGUGGUGCCAAGGUUGCCAACCAUUAUUACGAUAGGACAGAUAAAAAAUGCCGUUUGUCUGUGCAGAUUAAUCAGCAGGAGUCGUACAUUUGUGUCAAGCGAGGAUACACGACCGUACAACGGCUACAAAACCAGCAAGCAGCCUGCCUGGCCAAUCCUGCCUGUAAAUAUCUUUGGUCAGAAUGUUUCUGUUGCCAGUCGCAGUUGCUUAUUCAGCAGCAGCAACAACAGCAGCAGCAACAGCAGCAGCAGCAACAGCAGCAGCAACAGCAGCAGCAACAGCAGCAGCAACAGCAGCAGCAACAGCAGCAGCAACAGCAGCAGCAACUGCAGCAGUCACAGCAGCAACCGAAUAGAUCUCCAGGAGCUCAGGUUGUUAGUCGAUUCGACUCAGAAGAUCAGGAGGAGAAUAGAGAUGUACGGUUAAGAUGUGUUCAGAUUCCGUACCUAAACCAGCAGAUGCUUUGCAAUUUGUAUCGUUAUGAAUGGGUACCGGCACAAAGUGUGUGCAUAGACAGAUCGAAGUGCUAUGAAGUUCGAAAUAAGCGCCAGAUCAACUUGCAGCAACAGCAGCAACAGCUAUCGAAUCAAGUGCAACGCCGUCCGCAACCGUCACUUCAACAGCAGCUACAGCAGCAGCUACAGCAGCAGCAACAGCAACAGCAGCAAAGGCAAAUCCAAAAACAACAACGUUCACCACUGUACGUUGAUCAAGUCAUACACCAGGUGGUGUUGGAUGUGAACGAGCAAGGUACGGAAGGUGGUGCGGUGACACUGGCCGUGAUCGAUCGUAUUGGGCCCUCCGUGACGGUCAACGUGGACCGGCCGUUCGUGUUAUACAUUCGGCACGAUAUCACAAACCUGCCCCUGUUCUACGGCGCGGUGUAUGAUCCACGGCAUUUGUUAGUGCUUCCUGCGGGUUCCAAACAGCACCUGAUCACUCUCGCCAACGGCCUCUUUGUACAGAAUGGUUACAACCUGAGCCGCUGGUAUCGUCAGGCAUCGAUGAAGCUGUACCAGUCCGAGGUGCAGUCGCUUAACUUCGCCGAAGAUACGGCCGGUUCGACGAGCUACAUCAACCGAUGGGUGAGCGAGAAAACGCACGACAAGAUUCCUAAGAUCCUGUCGUCGCAGCUGGCCCCUGCCACGACACUCGUCCUAGCCAGUGCCCUGUACUUCCGGGCGCUGUGGCACAAAACCUUCAUCGAGGGUGCCACGAAGCCGCGAGAAUUUUACCCGGACGGCCGAGAGCACCCGCCAAUCAUGGUGGAUAUGAUGGGGCACGGUGGUUGCUUCCCGUACUACGAAUCGCCCGAACUGGACGCCCAGAUCGUGGGCGUACCGUACAAGAGGGGCCUCACCACGAUGUACGUCAUCAUGCCGAACGAUUCGAAUCGGGCGAAGGUCCUCGCUCUGAUGGCUAAGCUCAACAGUGGCAACCUUAAUAAUCUGAUCGAUAAUAUGACGAUGAAGACCGCAAUCAUACUGUUCCCGAAGAUGCACAUCAGCAAUAUGCUCGAUCUGAAACGUGUCCUACAGAUGCUCGGCACACGAUCGCUUUUCUCGUCCUCGUACAGCAAUCUGACCGGUAUGGUGACGGAACUUUGGAACGGAGAUGAGUUUACGAACCGGUAUCAAGAGGAUCUGCAAUUCGCUGCCCCGGAGCCACGGCCAACAGUUAACAUUCCACCGUACAUCAUGCACCCAACGCCAUCGAUGGAGGGUGCGAUAGUAUUUCCACGCAUCCAACCCAACGAUACCUCGGACGAUGAGCUGAUGCUGAUGACCACCGAUAGUGUGCCAGCUACUGACGUACCAGCAGAAACUACAACAACUACUACAACGAGCCCGAAACGUGGAGGUCGUGGAAAGCGUGGUGUUAGCUACAAAGUUCCGAGCAGCAAGCAGACUCAACAGGUUCCGUUGCGCAGCAAGGACUUUAUCCUGAACAAGCGUAUCAUCAAGGAGAAUGGUCCGGUUGGUAAGAAGGGUUUGCGAAGGCGCACGAAGCGUAACACCGCCAGCACUCCCGAUCAGCUGCUGUACGUCAGCAAUGCCGUGCACCAGGUUGAUCUGGAGAUCAAUGAAAAGGGUACCGAGGGUGGUGCGGCAACAAUCAUAACGCUUAACCGAUCCGGUACUAGUGUUGUGUUCCGGGCGGACGCUCCGUUCGUGCUGCUGAUUCGCAACGAUAGAACGCGAAUGCCGCUGUUCUAUGGUGCCGUCUUCGAUCCGACUUCCUAAAUUCCCAGCUGGUUGAAUUGAGGGAUAUUUAAUCGCCCACGAGCGACACCAGGAUCGCAAACGUUUCUAGGCCAUUAUGCAAUAUAUUAUCCUCUCUAGAAAAGCGAUGCUAAAGAUAAUUUUAUAUGAAGAACAUACUUAAAUGGAAAUAAAGUGUUUCUACCUUACCUAAUAGCCUGGGUCGAUCUGGUUUGAUAAAAACUCGCGAUUCGAUGUUGCUUUUAAGAACGACCGAAACAACGUGGACCGGAAAGCCUUCCCCUACCUCGCACUAACCUUUUGCUUUUGCUUU